AUGAGCAAACAAGACCUCAAACCGAAUCAUGACCUCUCCACUCCCUCUAUCGAACUUGCCAACGGCCAAGUCGCCGUAACAGGCCUCCCCAAUGCGCCGAUGAAGCAAAACUUCAGCAUACUCAGCAUCAUUGCGGUAGGUUACAAUAUCUCCAACAGCUGGGUUGCCAUCGCGGCCAGUUUCGCCAUCGCCAUCCAGUCCGGCGGAGCUGUGACCUUGCUGUAUGGAAUCAUUCUCGUUGCCGCUAUUAUGCUCUGUACAGGACUGACGCUUGCUGAACUUGCAAGUGUCUACCCCACUGCAGGUGGACAAUAUCAUUUCACCUCGAUCCUAGCUACGAGCCGCUGGAGCCGCAGUUUAUCAUACUCUAGUGGGCUGGCAGCUGUGUUCUCAUGGAUUACGCUGAGUGCAUCCAUUGCAUUGUCCUCGGCUAAUGUGCUCAUGGCCAUUAUAAUCCGGUGGCGGCCGGAAUAUCAACCUGAAACUUGGCAUUAUUUUCUCGUGUAUCAAGCGAUGAAUGCUGUCAUGGUUCUUUAUAAUAUAUUCCUCACGAACAAAACAUUGUGGGUCUAUAACCUUGGUUUCGUUCUUUCCAUAUCCACAUUUCUUGCCAUAACAAUCACCUGUCCUGCUCGCUCCUCUAUCCAACUUGACUCCUCACAUGUCUGGACACAAUUCGCCAACGGCUCCGGCGGGUGGCCAGACGGCAUUUCCUUCUUGACGGGCCUCUCAACACCUCAGUUCAUGCUUUCUGGUCUUGAUGCAACGCUUCAUCUCGCCGAAGAAUGUCUUCAACCCGAACGAAUUGUCCCCAAAGCAGUCAUUGUCACUGUUAUCGUGGGGUUCCUGACCGCAUUUCCCUUCUCAGUCGCCAUAAUCUACAGUUACAAGGAUGUCGAGCUCUCCCUCACAACACCAACCGGCUUCCCAAUCUACUUUAUAUGGGAAAAGGCCACCCACUCCCCAGUAGCAGCUACGAUUUUCAUGGCCUGCAUGUUAACCGUAUCAUGCAUAGCCCUAAACGCAGUGCACCAGACAUCAUCCCGACUAACAUGGUCUUUCGCUCGAGACGAAGCGCUCUUCUACUCGAAUAAGUUGGCCUCUGUGAGCCCGACGCUCGGGGUGCCUGUAUACGCGAUCCUGCUGGAUGGACUGUGGGUUUUGUUACUGGGAGUUGUCUAUGUUGCUUCCUCCAACGCAUUCAACGCCUUCAUAAGUACAACUGUUGUCGUCGCACAAAUAUCCUACGCCAUCCCCUCCGCACUCCUCCUAUAUCGUCGUCGAUCCACGGAUUACCUCCCUUCAUCGAGACCAUUCAAACUAAUAAAUUCGGUUGGGUACAUUGUCAACAUAGUAACGAUUGUGUGGGCUCUUGUGUUGACUGUCUUUUUCUCCUUUCCAACUGUGCUGCCAGCUACAGGUGGAAAUAUGAACUACACUUCCGUGGUGCUAGUCGCAAUGUUAGUUCUUGGGAUUGUGAACUGGUUCGCAUAUGCAAGGAAGCAUUAUCAUGGGCCAAGAUUAGAACUAUGA